GGGUCGAAAGAUUGGAGUAUUUUUGAGCUCAAAAUGGUUCCAAACGAUACUGAAAGCGAAUAUGAGAGAGUGAGAAGGAUAAAGAUUGAGGAGAAUAAGGCGAUGUUGAAGAAACUGUUUCCUCAGGGCACCUCUCUUGCGGUAAAUACUGGAACUCCAAGAAUCGCCUCACGUGGAGACGCGAGCGCAAAGAAACGACAACCGAGACGAAAGACCUUAGAUUUUCCACUCCGCAGGAACCCAGAUCGCAAAACACGGUCAUUUAAGUGCACAGACGAGGAAGAAGAGAAUGCAGAGAGGGUUAUUUACACUCCAAACACUCUCAUUGUCAAAUGGAGAGGACCUCUGACAGAGAAGCUAUUUGAAAAACAAAAGAGUUGCUCCUCCGAUUCUGAGCUCAGCGAUUCUGACUCCGACACAGACGGGUCACUGAGAAAAAAGCGGAAAAAGUUUCUGAGAAAACCAGCUCCAAGAGCACCAGUGGAUGUCCGUGAAGAAGACCUAAUUUUGGUCGCAGAACGAGUAGCUGACAAGACCUAUGAUUCAGUAAACGGUACAAGCUGCCAUCAGUGCAGACAGAAGACGGACGAUCUCAAGACCACAUGCAAAAGUAACUCGUGUAUAGGGAUCAGAGGUCAAUUCUGCGGACCUUGUUUAAAGAAUCGCUAUGGGGAGGAUGCGAAGAAAGCUAUUAUGAGUCCUAGCUGGAUGUGCCCCCCGUGUAGAGGAAUCUGCAAUUGUAGUUUCUGCAUGAAGAAACGAGGAAGACGUUGCACUGGUAUUAUGAUCCAUUUGGCCAGAGAAAAUGGAUUUGAGGAUGUGAAGACCUUUCUAGGAGACUAACAGCCUUGUCACUCGUGCUAGGGGACCUUUUUUUCUAAGAAUGUUUCCAGUUCCAGUAAAAAAGCUUAUGUUAUUAACUUGCUUUUAAAGUUUCAGCGCAUAGGGAGAGUCCCGAGUCUCAAGGGUAUUGGCAAUACUGAGGAUCAUUUUCGAUUUCGGCAAUCAAUUAUGGUAAUGAUAAUCCAAUUAUGGGAAGGUUAAAAUUUAGGGUGUAGAUUAUUUUAAAACAGUUUUAGUUACAAUCCCAAGGAAUAUCUCUUGAGGAGAGGGGAAAUAUACCGCUUUAUUUUUACUUUUUUUAUACAAAUUCUUUCAAUCAGAUGAAACCAUGUUGACAUACACUGAAAUAGACCUCAGGGGUAGAUCCCUGGAUCCAGAAGAGAUUUGCACCCCACUUCCUGCAAAAGAAAUUGACAUAAGUUUAGUUAAAUUUGACGUAACAUUUGGGGGUGAGGCUCCUAUGAAAUUUAAAUCUUCCUUAUUUGCCAGAAGUAGUAAAGACUUUGGGACUAAGACUCUGAAGGACUUGCCAUUUUUGUAGCUGAAACUACAGAUGUCAUCAAACUGGGUUUUUACACCAGAAAAACAUGUCAUGGUCACAUCUACGACUCUGCUGACAAACAUGAAACUUUUAGUCUGCAUUCCUUUCUCCAGGUGUYGGCAUUCUUUGAUAAUUUUCUUUCCCACAAAUUAUCAAAAGGAGGCUGUUACUUGGAGAAAGGAAUGCAGACCAUGAGUAUGAUAUUUGUCGGCAGAGUCGUAGAUAUUUUGAGGUAUGAUGACAUGUUUUUUUCAGUUGUGAAAACCCAGUUUUGUGACAUCUGUAGUACGCAAGUAAUAAUUCUAAAGAGAUUGGCAUGGGAUUUUAAAAAUUUCUCAUUAUCUUAGSUUUAGUUUUGUAUCUUAAAGAUAGUCUAUCAAGGUAUAUAUCAAUAAUUUAAGAGUUUAUAAAAAUAUGUUUAACGAUAUAUUUUAUUUAGUUUUAAGAGUCAUGCCCUAAACAUUACRAAUUUUUUUAUUUGUACAAAUGUAGGAUUAAAAGUAAGAUGCUAAAAAAAUAUUGACCAAACCAUUAGGGAAACAGCACCCUAGGCCUAAUUCGAGGCUCAGAUAAUGUCCUCCGUAAUACGAAAGAGAAAAAAAUCGUAUAAAAAUGCACUAGAAUUUUAAAUUUUGCGUGCGCGUUUGUUUUCUUAUAUGAUUCCCCUAUGGUAUAUAACGCCAUUGAUAAGUACAAAUACUCAAGAUUUUAUUUUUGCCAUUCAAUUUUAUCUAGAUUGGGCUCCCUGUGGUCUACCAUUUUGAAUAUAUUGAUGAAAAAUUUUUUUAGGGCCGAAGCAACACCAAACAUAUCCUCUAUGAUCAAUCCUGUACUAUAUCCUAUGGUCAAAAAAGCUUUGGUCAACAUUUUUUUCGCAUCUUUUUUAUAUUAUACUUUUAUAUGUUAGGAAUU